AACCCUGUGUUCAAAACUACGCUAUAGCAAAUCACCAAUGUAUAUCAGUUCGUCUUGACGGUUACCCUGUCCCAACAAUGAGCUGCUUUCCACCAGGAAACCUUGACAGGCAUAAUUACACUCUUUGUGGAAAAAGGAGAGAUACGACCAGUGACUGUACAGUUGGCAAUAACGUUGGAAGCUGCAAGUUCACAGUAUCUGUACAUAAACGAUCUACCAAAAAAGUGGUGAAGAGCACAUUCAAGUGUAUCAGCUGUACGUACGAGUCAAGAUUAGCUGAUCACAAGACAAUAGUCUUCAAUACUUUAAAAGAAAAGAUAGAGAAAAUGCUCAGAUUAGUAUAUGCGUUCCAUAAGUACGUCACGUCUGUAGAUGUAUCGGCAUUUUGGCCAGGAAGUGUAAUUGUGGAGUUUCAGCUUACACUGAUCGCUAAUGUCUCUGACCCAUUGUCACCUUUUAAAGUAGCCGUAUGCAAACAAGGAGGGAGUCUUGAAGGAAUCAGUAUAGAUCUUAGCAGCAUACAAGAAGGGGCCUAUAUCUUACCUACGACUACUAUUUCGACAACUGUAGAAACAACAGUAGAAACAACAGUAGAAACAACAGCAAGUUCAGAAAGUUGUCAGGGCGGUCAGGGGUGUCAGGGCAGUCAGGUGUCUGUUAUAGUCCUUGGUGUUCUGUUUGGUGUGUCACUGAUUCUUAAUGUCAUCUUCGUUGGUUGUUUUAUUUGGAGGCAUUUGACAGAGAAUAACAGGCACGCAAAGAAAAGUGAGAACAUUAACGAAGUUGGAUACAUGAAUACGUUUGCGCUUCAAGAACAACCAACCAGYACUGAUGGACAGAAUGUGGUGCAGUACGAGCCUGUUGGCAACGGUAGAGAACAAGAAUCUGCUAACACGACCAUGUACCA